ACUGACCAUGUUAUUUUAGCAAGUUUUCCGGUCCUGGAUCUGUAUGUCAUUGCAUGACAGAUCUCUGCAGCACAGACCUCUCUGCUAAAUCACGGGAAACGUUUCACACUUGGGUGAGACAAGGGACAUCUUGGUAAAUAAUCUGCAUGCCUGACUACUAACGAUCCUCUAAAUUGCCGCGUGACUUUUUCUAGAGCUCUCGUUGGCUGGAGCUAAAGUAGCUAUCCUCUCAUUGGUCAGAAGGCUCCGAUGAUGUGGAGUGUCACGUGACCAAUGUCUGGACAGCCUGGUCUCUGCAGAGUUGGGGGAAUCUUGUUUGUUGUUUUGCAAGAUGAAGCUUCUUGCGCUUACUCUCUUACUGUUCGUCUGUGUACUCGGAAUAAUUUCUGCCGGUAAAAAUCGGAAGAGAGGACGUCCUGGAAUUGUUAAUAUCCUCCCUGGGUGUGAAGCCGAUGGGUUCGAUUGCACGAGAGAAAAUCUGAAGGGAUGCAAGGGGAGUUCCAACAUAAAAGAACUGAGGCAGUAUUGCUUCGCUAUGAAAGGCCACUCCAGAAUGAUGGAGGAGCUUCAAGACAUUUUUGAUGGUGAGGAGAUGAACAACAGAAAACCGAGAAUGAUAGAAGCUCUAGAUGAAGGCUAUGAAAGCCCGGUUUCAAUAACUGACGGCGCAAGUUGUAGUAUUGGAGGCGGUGCUAUAAUGACGUUUGAUGGGUACUCCCACUCUAUUACCGCUGGCCCCUGCACCUACGCUCUCACCCUCGACCGAUCUAUUUCCAAACUGGUCGUUUAUGGUGUCUUUGAGUCUUACAGAGGUGGUAAAUAUGCCAACAGACUGAAAGAGGUCGCUAUCUAUGUUGAUAAAACUUCGUUUGUGUUAGGCGAAGAUUUCGACAUCAACUACCAAGGAAUAGGAUACGGUGCACCAGCUAGAAUAAACAAGAACAUGGUUGUCUAUCAAGACGAACAUUACAUCUAUGCUGUGGCUGAAGAGUUUGGUGCAAUCCUUAGAUGGGAUCCAGCCGGCCAACUCAAGAUAACUGUUGACAGCUCCUACAAGAACCAAGUUAUGGGACUGUGUGGCAUGUUCAAUGACGACAGUAGUUCUGCGGGAGAACACAACACUUUAAAACACGCAUUCGGAAAAGACGACAUGAGCGCGAAUGACUUUGGAAAAGCCUGGGCUUUAUCAGGCUGUUAUCACGAGCCUUCUGAAAGAAUUGCAGAAAGAGAGAGAAGCUGUGAAAAAGACUUCUUUGAGAAUCUGUGUUCUGUUACUCACGCUGCACCUGGCAUGGCGGAUUGUCUCAGAGAUAAAGAGGCAGGAGCGAGAUACCAAAAGGAGUGUGUAACAAAUCUCUGCCUCUGCGACGAAAUAGAUUCUUGUAUGUACACUGAAACUCUGAGGAUUAGUAACGAUUGCUACGAUAGAAUUGGAAAGAAGAUUGAUAACGCCGACCUGCGAGCAUAUCUAAACAAGAUAGAAAUCCAGUCCUUAUUGCCACGUGAUCACGAAGAUGUGCCCACUGAAGAAAUAGGACCUGAUGAUCUGACGAGCAAUCACGGGGAACCAAGUGCCUACAAUGACUUUAAAGCAGCUGCUUCGUGUUAUGUUUACGGUCACAAUCACAUCCAAACAUUUGACGGAGUUAACUACCAGAGUGAUGCUCACGGUUGUACUUACCCUCUCGCCCUUAGAUCUGGUAUUCAGGACUUUGCGGUGUAUGGCACCUUCCAAGCGGAGGCGUCGUCCGGUGGUCUAGCUUCCCAUUUGGUGUACGUCAGUUUCUUCGACAUCAAAAACAGAGUCAGGGUUCAACUAGGUCAGGGACUGGAAGUCAACUACGAAGGAAGAUCAGUUCCUCUACCCUACAAUAGAGAAUUUGUCUCCAUCUGGCACAACAGCGAAACAAACCAGAUUUAUAUCUACGAUCACGAUGUUGGAGUGCUGGUGCGGUGGGACGGAGAGUCCGUGGUGACAAUCAGUGUGGAUGACCGUUACCAUGGAAACACUAAGGGAUUGUGCGGUACAUAUAAUGGAGAUGAUGAUGACGAGAUCAAUCUGCUGAAGGAUACCCGGCUUACACCGGACACUUUCCAAGUCAUGGUCCAGGAGUGGAAAUUGCCGAGCUGUGGAUUUAACGCCGACAAUUACGCUGACCCCGCCACGUGCACUCCUUCGCUUGAGGACUGGAGUAAGUGCUACGUAGCUCUCACCAACGUUAAGUUCAGUUUCUGUGUCACCGACCUUCCUCCUAUAAACUUCAUUGACCGUUGCAAGCAGGACCUGUGUAGAUGUGUAAAUGACGAGGAGUGCAAGUGUGAGAUUGUCAGUGCUUACGCCUCAAUGUGUGAAGACGCUAUCGGCAAUGCCCUCGCUCCAUGGAGAUCUGCCGAUUUUUGCCCACGAGAUUUGUGCCUGUUCGGGAAUAACGGCUGUAAGCACACCUGUACUUCACCUGGUGUCUGCUCCUGUGAUCCUGGUUUCGCUCUCGGAACCGACGGGAAGAGCUGUCUUGUCGUUAUAGAGGGUUAUGAUUAACGAGAUAUCAGUUGCUGGAUUGAUAGGAUUAGGGUAAUGGGGAUGAACUGGAAUGGAAAUGUGAGACUGAGUUCGGGAUGGUGUAGAUUUUUCUUUUAGUCUAUUUAAAUUAGGUUAUCACUUGUCUAGUAAUGCUGCUUUAUACCAUUAUAAUAAUGCAUGCUCUGCAGAUAUAGUUUUCAUCAAUAGAAUUAUCUCAUAUUGGAUUUUGGAUUUUGGAGCCAUUGCUCAAUGUUUUGGCGCCAUGAUGGCUAGUAAUUUAAUUUUAGGCUGAUUGUACUAUCUUCUUUUUAUAUGAAUUUAAUGUAUAACGAUUAAUGCGAUAUUUCUACUCUUCAUCUUACAAUACACAUCAUCACGAUUUUACCUAGUUCUUUUUAAUUUAGGAUUCAAUUCAAAUUUAUUAUUUCGUUUUUAUAUGACAGAAGACUGAGAAUUAGAUAUUAGAUAACGACUUUUAUACUUACAGAUUUGUUCAUGUUUUAGCCAAUUUAAGUGAUUCAAAUUUUCCGUAAACUUAAAAUCUAAUUAAUAAUUAACUCGAUCAUCACUUACGUCUAAUUAUAUGUUUCUUAUCUGGAAA